UGACGAAGCCUGAUACCAGACAGUUGUCUUGUGCAGUAUUAUUCCACAUUUAGCAUUUCUCAACACCCUGAUCGGCAGAAUAUCCUCAGCACCUCAGAUCAUAAAGUCACCAUCAGCUGUCCAUCAUGUCCAUGUUCAGCACCGGUAUCCUGGUCCUUACGUCUCCGUUACACGUCCUCCCUCUCCGCAUCGCGCCUGUCCUCACGUCUGCCGCCCAGGUGGUCGAGCGCACACUUUACGUCCAUCUCCACCCCGGCCUCAACCUGGGCACAGGUGGGCAGGUGCGGCCCGCCUACAUCCCGCCCGUGGUGGAUCUCUGCACUCUCAUCUCCUGCCUUUACAGCAACGCCGCUGACAUUUGUGCGCACCUUGACGUCAGAGUGCUGCUCAGUAACGUCCGCACCCAAUCUGCGGUGUUGAGUGGAAACAACGGCCCUUUUUCCACCCCGCAGACGCUGUCCCACUCGCCAGAAGUAGUGCUCACAGACUUCCCCAUCCAGGAUUCAGGCCAGUCCUCGCUGGUCACCCAGUGCUUGCAGAAGUACGCGGGUCACUGCUACGUCUGCAAACCGAGUCUCUCAUCUGUGCUUUUGUACCCGCGACUAAAAGAGGUUGAGGAAGAUGAUGAUGAUAGAAGAGGAAGAGGUGCACAAUUAAAACCUUUAGAGACGUUCAGUGAUGUGGUGGUUGGCGGCACUUUUGACCGUCUGCAUGGCGCCCACAAGACCCUGCUGAAUAUUUCCUGUCUGAUGGCCAACAGACGCUUUGUCAUUGGUGUGUGUGACCAGGAACUACUAAAAAAUAAGGUCUUGAAUGAGUUGAUAGAGCCGUACGAUCAGCGUGUGCAGAAGCUCCAGGACUUUCUGAACGAUGUAAAACCAUCGCUCAAGUACGAAAUCGUUCCUCUCUCCGACCCCUUCGGCCCCUCUGUAAGCGACCCUGAGCUGCAGUGCAUUGUGGUCAGCGAGGAGACGAGGAAAGGGGGUGAAGCUGUCAACAGGAAGCGUGUGGAAAAUGGAUUGGCUGAACUGGUUUUGUACGAGAUCCAGCUGUUGAAAGACGCCCAUCAUGCUGACAUCGAGGAGGAGAAGAUCAGUUCCUCCAGCCUGAGAACAAGAUUGCUGGGCACGCUGCUCAAACCUCCAUCUCCGCAGCCGGAUCUUCCUCUGGAUCUGUAUGUGAUUGGUCUGACGGGCGGCAGCGGGUCGGGAAAGAGCUCUAUAGCGCACAGACUGGAGGCUCUUGGCGCCGUGAGGAUUGACUGCGAUCAGCUCGGUCACGAGGCUUACCUGCCGGGAACAUCCGCUUAUCAUAAGGUCGUCCAGGAGUUCAGCCCAGAUAUUCUUAAUGAGGAUAAGAGCAUUAACAGACGAGUACUGGGUGGAAAAGUGUUUGGAAACCAGGAGCGUCUGAAAGCUCUGACAGAUAUCGUGUGGCCGGAGAUUGCUCUGCUGGUGAAGAAAAGAAUAGAACAAGCAAAAGAACAGGGUGAGCGUGUCUGUGUGGUGGAUGCGGCCGUGUUGCUCGAGGCGGGAUGGACAUAUCUGGUGCAUGAGGUUUGGGUGGCCACCAUCCCAGAGGAAGAGGCAGUGAAGCGUAUAGUCCAGCGUGACGGUGUGAAGGAGGAAGACGCCUUGAGGAGACUGAAGAGCCAGUGGCUGAAUGCAAAGCUGAUAGAACAUGCUAACGUAGUGCUGUGCACACUGUGGGAACCUGACGUUACUCAGCGACAGGUGUUGAAAGCCUGGACUCUAUUACAGCAGAGGAUUCAGAAGAGACUAGAAGAAAUCAGACCUUCACCCUGAGACGGACUUCAAUAUGAAUACAACCGGAUUUCAGCGUUUUCAGAAUUUAGUGAAAUAGUUUAGUGACGGUUUCCUUAGUUGAUCAUUUCAGAAACAAACAAGAAAUCAUUUACCAUUUGUUGCAUCAAACAUUUGUAACCUUCAUAAACAAAUGAGCCAGUAUCAGUUCUUAUGUUCGUGGCUCUUCUAAUGUGGUGGAAGAGGUUUGGGACGGAAAACACCUUGAGCACUUUUAAUAGACCUGCAAUAUGCGGUUUACCAUUUUUUUUUGUGCCUGUUGUCAGAAAUGUCAUACUUGGUUGUCACACUGCCAUUUAUGUAUUUUUGCAAACGCAGUUUUCAGUGUAAAAGGCUUUGAUCUUGAUCUUAGUGUAGAUUAUGCUUAUUCUCAAAGAGAGAUGGUUAUUAAUCUAUAUUGUGCCUCCUGAAGACCAAAGUUUAAAAUGAAUGUCAGUUUAACCCAUAAUAGACCAACUGGUCAGUGAUCUAAUGCAAAUUCACAAAAUGACUUUUGAUGUCAUUGUGAUCAACUGUUUUAAGUUACCAAUUAAAAAUUAUUUAAUAAAUUAAAACUUUUUUUUUAAAUUCAAAUAAAACUUUAAUAAAUGUAAUCUUUAUAUACACACACAUGCAUGUACAACAAAUUAAACUCUUAAAAACUACUUUGUCUUAAAUUAAGCAGAAUCAAACCAUGCCCAGGCUCAGUAGAAAAACGCAAUGCUCCGUCUCAAUUAGUAAAUGAUGGCUAAAACUUUACACCAGGGAAAAGUGAUAGAAAUUGAACUUGAAACUAUAACGUGACUGUGGAGUAAAUUGUGAUUUAAAAACCAACAAUAGAACAAUUCAGAAAUAAUGAAUUACAACUGCUUCUAGUGACGUCAAACAUGUGGAUAGUUUGAAAGUACUUUUGUUUCACCAUAAUUUUUGCACAUGGUUCCUAACGUUCGCUUAAAAAAAUCCUGUUUUCUAAAUUAAACCAUGCCCAGGUUCAGUAGAAAAACGCAAUGCUCCGUCUCAAUUAGUAAAUGAUGGCUAAAACUUUACACCAGGGAAAAGUGAUAGAAAUUGAACUUGAAACUAUAACGUGACUGUGGAGUAAAUUGUGAUUUAAAAACCAACAAUAGAACAAUUCAGAAAUAAUGAAUUACAACCGCUUCUAGUGACGUUAAACAUGUGGAUAGUUUGAAAGUACUUUUGUUUCACCAUAAUUUUUGCACAUGGUUCCUAAAGUUCGCUU